AUGCAGAAGAGACUCACGAUAUUUGGGGAGCCAUUGGCCUACUGGGCAGAAGAUAUGCUUAAGGCCGCACUCUCCACAAACACAAACACAGGAGAUUCACUUUCACAUACUAAAGUAUAUGUACUGACUUAUCCACAGAUUCAUCAACUAUUCCUCCCUGUAAAACCACAUCGCUUGUGGAGUGUAAUGAUUCCAGAAGAGGAACUGGAAUACACACUACACGCAGGGAUCGCACGAGCCACACUUGUACAUUCACAACGUCUGCGAAGAUUAGAUGUUAAUCGCGGUGAUACUCCUGUUGUGGUGGACAUCACAGCAACGGCUCUCUCUGCGAGGGGAGUGGCAUUAACCAAUGAUGAGAGUACUCUGAGUAAAAUGAGGGAAUUGGCAAAAGAACGUCAUUAUGAUUCUCCAUUUUGGCUUACUCGUGAGGAAAUGGAAUAUUUUGUUUUUUCAAAUAACAGGUUACAAAGAUUGUUUAAUUGUAAUAUACCUCAUUCUAAUGGCGGAUUGGAUAAUUAUAAGAAGAUUCCAAGUAUUGAAGUGGAAAAUGAACGUAAGCAAAAAUGUCAUGUGAUGAACCUAUCAGAGUUUGCAAAAAUCACAUCCAGUACAUUUAGCUUUAAUUCUUCUUUAUCAUCUUCUUCUUCUAAUAAUAAUAAUAAUAAUAUGAUGAUGACGAAUACAACUGUCUCUCCUGAAGGACGUGGUUUAAAUCAUAACACUGCAUUUCACAUGUUUCGUCAAUUUAGACCAAUUGAUAUUCGCACAAAGUCUUUAUUUCCCCCCGACAUUGCGGAUGCCCUUCGUAAGUACAGUAUGACCACUGGCUGUUGGUGUACUGUCUGGGGAACUCCUAAUGACUACACGGCGUUGGAUUUAAAAGUUCCUGAAGGACCGCUGGGCGUGUGGGUAUUUGAUGCGGAGGACUCUCCAUUGUUUCUCACACCGGCGUUAACGUGCGAUAACCCUGUGAAGGCUCUCACACACGUCUAUAAAGACGAUCACAUUAUUUUCACACAACCAUAA